AUGGCGGCAACAUCCGCCGCCGACGCCUCGGCGGCGGCGGCGGCGGAGCCCUCCGACGAGCUGGCCGUCAAGGCGAUCCACAAGCGGUUCGAGUGCCUGGUCACUGCGCGGAACAAGGCGGAUAGGGGCAAGGGCGCCUGGUACUGGGCCCACCUCGAGCCCAUCCUCAUCCACGACUCCGCCACCGGCCUUCCCCGCGCCCUCAAGCUCCGGUGCUCCCUCUGCGGUGCCUUUUUCUCCGCCUCAAACCCUUCCCGGACCGCCUCCGAGCACCUCAAGCGCGGCACCUGCCCCAAUUUCGCCGCCGCCCCCCUUCCCAUUUCCUCCGCCGUGCCGCAGGCGCCCGGCGCCUCCCUUCCCUCCUCCCCGCCGCCGCACAACCACCGCAAUAGCAGCAGCUCCGCCGUCCGACGCUGCGGCACCACCCCCAAUCCUCCCUUCUCCGUCGAUUUAGCCUACCCAUCCACCAUCUCCGUCACCAGCGCCAUCUCCCCCACCGGCGGCGGCGGCAGCGACCCAUACUCCCAGCACCACCAGCACCAGCAACAACUCGUCCUCUCCGGCGGAAAGGAUGACCUGAGUGCCCUGGCAUUACUAGAAGACAGCGUCAAGAGGCUGAAAAGCCCGAAACCAUCUCUCGGGCCCACACUCAAAAAAGACCAAAUCGACUCGGCCCUUGACUGCCUCGCCGAUUGGGCCUAUGAAUCCUUCGGGCCCGCCUCCCUCUCGAGCCUCGACCAUCCCAAAUUCAAAUCUUUCCUCCAACACGUCGGCCUACCCACACUUUCAAGAAGAGACCUACUCGGGUCGAGAUUAGACGCUAAAUACGAGGAAGCUAAAGCAAAAUCCGAGGCCAAGAUUCGAGACGCCUUGUUCUUUCAGCUAGCCGCCGACUGGAAGCCCGAAAACGAUGAUAACUCUUUCGUGCAUCUGUCCAUUAAUCUUCCCAACGGAACCAACGUCUUCCGAAAGGCGAUUUUCACUAGCUGUUAUGUUCCGUCCUCAUUCGCAGAAGAAAUCUUACGGGACACAAUAACCGAGAUUUGUGGCAAUGCAGUGCAUCAAUGUGUUGGGAUUGUUUCAGACAAGUUUAAAGCCAAGGCCUUGAGGAAUUUAGAGAGUCAGCAUUAUUGGAUGGUCAAUAUCUGCUGUCAGCUUCAAGGCUUCACUAGCCUGAUCGAGGAUUUCUUCAAGGAGCUUCCUUUAUUCAACAACGUGUCCGAAAAUUGCUUCAAGCUAGCAACUUUCAUCAACGACAAGUCCCGAAUAAUUCGUCAUACUUUUCACAGGUACCAGCUGCAGGAAUACGGUCACGCGGGCCCGCUGAAAGUCCCGGUGACCAUAAGAUCCGAUUUCGGGCCCGUUUACACAUUUUUGUCGGAUAUACUCAGCUCUGCUCGGGCCCUUCAGCUCUUGAUUUCAGACGAGGCGUACAAGAUAGCAUCCAUAGACGAGCCAGAAAUCGAGGAAAUGAUGCAAAACCCGAAUUUUUGGAACGAAUUAGAAAGCGUUCACUCUCUGGUUAACAUAAUCAAGAAAAUGGCACAAGAGAUUGAAACCGAGAAGCCGCGAGUCGGCCAAUGCCUCCCAUUGUGGGAGGACUUAAGAGCAAAAAUCAAGGACUGGUGUUGUAAAUUCCACGUGGCAGAAGGGCCAGUGGAGAAAAUAAUCGACGGGAGGUUUAAAAAAAACUACCACCCAUCGUGGGCCGCGGCAUUCGUGCUCGACCCAAUUUAUUUAAUAAAGGACGCCAGCGGAAAAUACUUGCCGCCGUUCAAAUUCUUGACUGGCGAGCAAGAUAAGGACGUGGACAGGCUCGUAACUCGACUAGUCUCGAGUGAAGAGGCUCACGUUGUGUUGAUGGAGCUUAUGAAGUGGAGGACUGAAGGGCUCGACCCAGUUUACGCGCAGGCUGUGCAGUUGAAGCAGAGGGACCCGCAAACGGGGAAAAUGAGGAUCGUUAAUCCGCAGAGCAGUAGGCUCGUGUGGGAGACUUAUUUGAGUGAGUUUAAGUUGUUGGGGAAAGUGGCGGUUAGGCUGAUUUUCCUUCGGGCGAGUUUGAGUGGUUUUGAGUGCGCGGGUUCUUUGAUGAAAUGGGGCGGUGCUUUGAAAACGAGUGUGGGGAUGGAGAAGGUGCAGAAGAUGAUAUUUGUUUCGGCUCAUUCGAAGGGGGGAAAAGGGGAGUAUUUGAGAGAUGAUGGAGAAAAGGAUGCAGAGGUUUUUGGAAUGGAGAAGAGUGAGGAUGAUGUGCUGAAUGAGGUUUUUAUUGAUUUAUCCUCUGUGUAA